AUGCAGGAUGUUAGCAUUGAUGGUCCACCCGGCCAGCCUGGUGUAGCGGGCAAAGAUGGGGAGCCCGGCCCCAUGGGUGCCCGUGGUCCCCCUGGACCACCUGGUCCUCCAGGCAAGCCAGGUGAAGCUGGUCCGCGUGGCUAUCCAGGAUCCGCAGGUCGCGAUGGUGCUCCUGGUCCUCGAGGAGAUGUUGGCGAACGCGGACCCGAUGGAAAAACAGGUGAAGAAGGACCUCCUGGACCUGAUGGCCUCACUGGCCAACAGGGGCCAUCUGGACCCUCUGGUCCCUCCGGGCCUCGAGGAGAGCGUGGUCCACCCGGUGAGCCCGGUGAUGCAGGCGAAAAGGGUGAAAAAGGUAGUCGUGGUCCAAUAGGCCCACGUGGAAUUCGUGGGAAGCCAGGAGCUGUCGGUGCUGAGGGUUCUACCGGUCCAGAUGGUGAUGCCGGUCCUGAAGGUCCUGCAGGACCCGCUGGACCUGCUGGUCCUCCCGGACCUGUCGGAGCUGCUGGAAACAAGGGACCCGCUGGUAGAGAUGGGCAGGCUGGUGAAGCUGGCAAUGCUGGGCCUGUUGGACCUCCAGGUCCGCCUGGUACACCGGGACACACUGGUGAGCGCGGCGAUCCAGGACCUCAGGGCUACCCCGGCCUACCUGGUGCUAAAGGUCCAAGUGGCAAAAUGGGACCUCAGGGUAACGUCGGACCUGCCGGAGUUCAAGGACCCCCUGGUGCACGUGGUCUGCCUGGACCUCGAGGAAGGAAGGGGCCCAGUGGAAAACCCGGUCGUACUGGUCCUCCUGGUCGUGAUGGUAACCGUGGUCCUCCUGGUAUUCCUGGUGAAGAUGGUCCUCGGGGUGCGACUAUGAUUCAAUCCGCUGGGAGGGCCCUCACCGGACCACAGGGCCCUCCAGGAGACACUGGGUACACUGGCGCCCAGGGUCCAGUUGGCCCCGUUGGUGCACCCGGUGAAAUGGGUCCUCCUGGUCCACCUGGAGCUAACGGGGAGGAUGGUCCAGUAGGUCCAGAGGGACCCCGUGGACGCGACGGUAUUGAUGGGGUCCCUGGCCGGCCUGGCAUGCGCGGUCGUCCUGGGCCACGUGGAACCGAUGGACCGGCCGGUCCGGAUGGUCUUCCCGGUGAUGAUGGACCAAUGGGUCCCCGUGGGCCUGACGGAGCCAUGGGAGCUCCUGGUGAGCGUGGACCUGCUGGACCCGAUGGAGCUCCCGGUGAGGAAGGGGCAAAAGGGCCAGUCGGCCCCGUUGGCCCAAUCGGUUUCCGCGGUCCUUCAGGGAGCGCUGGCAAAGACGGUAUCAAGGGUCCCACAGGCGAUCCCGGUCCUGAUGGUCCUAAAGGACCUACUGGUCCUGCUGGUCCUCUUGGCGUAGAUGGUCCACCGGGUCCUCAGGGCAAACCAGGUCAAGCUGGUCGUACUGGUCCACAGGGUCGUCAGGGUCCUCCUGGAAAGCCUGGUGCACAAGGUAAACCAGGCAUAAAGGGAAAGCCAGGAAAUGAGGGUCCUCCUGGUCCAAUUGGUCCUCCCGGUCCUCCUGGACCCACUGGAGAGACCGGUGAGCCUGGUGCGGUUGGUGAGCCUGGACCCCAGGGCGUCCAAGGUCAACCAGGUGAACGGGGUCCUCAGGGACCUGAGGGAGAGCCGGGUCCAGCAGGUCCCGACGGUCCACAAGGGGCAACUGGCCCUAUUGGCCCAACCGGACCUGUAGGUGAUCGAGGUGAGCCAGGAUCUGAUGGACCUGAAGGGCAGCCCGGUGCACCCGGUGAACCUGGUCCACGCGGCUACCCCGGUCGUGCUGGAAUUGACGGUCUUUCGGGUCGUCCUGGUAGGCCUGGACCCACGGGCCACAAAGGAUGGAUGGGUCCUCCUGGAGAUCCAGGGCCGAAGGGCCAAAGGGGUGCCAAAGGUACCACUGGACCUAGAGGACACCAAGGUCCAACUGGUCUUCCCGGAGAACAGGGUCCGCAAGGUUUUGAGGGACCCAUGGGCGAGAUGGGUUAUCAAGGAGAUCAAGGCCCGACCGGGCUUCCUGGACCACCUGGUCGCGAUGGUCCGCAAGGUCCACCAGGACCAGUUGGCAAUCAGGGCCCUCCUGGACCCCCUGGACCACCUGCCAUCACCUAUGAUAUGGCUUUUAACGAUGACACUGCCCAAGCUCAAUUCAUUGGAACUGAUAGCAUUAGUAAACCUGAUGGAUCACGCAAACUUCCGGCGAGAACGUGCAAACACUUGGCACAGAUCAACCCUCACCUCCCUGACGGUCUCUACUGGAUUGAUCCUAAUGGAGGCAGCAUCAAAGAUGCUAUCGAAGUCUACUGCCACAUUCAAAUGGGUGAAACUUGUGUGACACCAAAGGAGGAUGACUUUGAAGCCAAGUCUUACCCAGACGCCAAUAAUUACGAAGAGCACUGGUUCCAUGAACUUCAGAGCAGUAAGAUGUUUGAAUAUAAUGUACCCGGAGAUCAAUUGGCCUUCUUGAAGAUGCUGAGUUCAAAGGCCAAGCAAAAUGUUACGGUGGUUUGCCGUCAGUCUUCACAAGAAGAGGCGCGCCUCCUCUCCGACAACGACCAUUAUUUCUCACGCGACGGAGAGCUCUUCAGCUACAAUGUCUUGCGCGACGAAUGUCAGCACAUGAAGGACAGCUAUGGCUACACCAUUAUGGAGGUAGUCAGCCGACCACAGCGGCUGCCACUGCGUGACAUCUCUUUCCACGACUUGGGUGGACAAUCAAAAGAAGUGGGGGUGAGAUUGAGCCCCGUAUGCUACGCCUAG